AUGGCUGGAACCUCUCUACUAGCACUUUUCUUCUUCCUGGCCUUAUUUAAGCCCUUGCUCCCAACAGCUCAACUAGCAAAGCAGUUUUCUAGUCCACUGCAUGACCAAUGGAACAUGCCAACUCUUUCUCUGUCGCAAGAAUGGCACAUUCUAGGUCCAUUUGAAAUCGGCACGAGAGACAGGAGUGAUCCUGACCUAUUGCUGCCUUUGCAUCCAGAGGCAGUAUGGGGUGCUGACCCCCUCGAGGCCCACGGGGGAUUUCGGGCGAUGCAGUAUGCUCCUGAAGCAACAUUUCCAACUGCUAUUGGAGAUGCGGGGCUCUGUCGCUGGACUGUGCUACUGACAGGCGAUCGCAUUGCUACUGAUGGGUUCACUAAAGCAACUCUACGCUUCGGAUUCCCCAAGGUUAAUUGGACAUUUCGCCGGUCAAUAUAUGGCUGGUCGGGCUUACAGUAUCAGGCUUGGGCAAGAGGGAAUGUAACGGUUUCUGGAACGGGUCCUGUUACUUCAGCCAUCUAUACUGACGGUAUCCUGGAAUUCCGAGUCGAUGGACAGCUUUAUUUUGGAGGAGAUUUCUAUUCGUAUCGGCGGGCUCCGUUGAUCUUGGAUCUAGAACCCGGAAUUCACACACUCGAACUUAGGUUUUUCUACGAUAUUCGAGCUCUAGGCGGAAGUGAUAAUCCGCAGAUAAAUUCAACGGUCGAAUUGAAACAAAUCUCGUCGAGAUUAAACAUCGAUCGUGCAAGCGUUUUGAUACCCGACGUCGUUGAGGGAAAGCUCGCAAGUCCAUAUGUAUCCGUCAAUGCACAAAACGGUAUGAAUAAGGUUGUUCGUGUCGUCUGGCUUAAGCCCGUUGGUGAAAAUAAAGCUCAUUUCGAUUUAGCUUUAUUAGACGAUUCUAUCACCAUUGCCCCCUACCAAUAUCGCCCUCUAGCUUUUAAACUUGGGUUUUCAGGCCGAAUUCCGGCUCAGCUCUCUUUCGAAAUCGGGUAUGAGAUCGGAUUGGAAGGACAAAUACAGAUUGCCGAACUCGUGGUAGACGUCAAGCACCGUUCGAUGUCAGAAGCCCAAAAAUUCACUUUCCUUCACCCCAGUGGCAUUGUAUCGUAUGCAAUCUUACGCCCGCCACUUAAUACUUCGUGUCACACUGGUGAAAAGAGGAAUCUCCCUCUCGUCAUUGGGCUUCACGGUGCUGGUCUUGAAGCAGAUGGUGACAUUGUCCGGCAUAUGCUAGAUGGAGUAUAUGGGCUUUGCGCAUGGAUCCUAUUCCCAACCGGAGUGACAUCUUGGAGCGGCGAUGAUUGGCAUACAUGGGGCUUCGCAGAUGUACAAGCUGCUGUAUCUGGUAUUCGUGACUGGACUAAAGCCAUGAGUUGGAAGGGCGCCGGAAUCUCAUUAAGUGAAUGGGUUGUCGUUGGACAUUCCAACGGAGACUACGUGCCGUUCACGAUAUGGCGGGAUGCAGAUGCCUCCUUAACAGCAGUGCUGGAAUCCGCCCGUCGGAAUUUUAAACAUGAGUUACUCACCAAAAAUUUUGCGGGGAUUCCUAUUUUCCAGCAGCAUGGCGCUAAGGAUGACAACGUCCCCGCGUACCAUUCACGGCUUAUGCAUCAGCUAACCUGGGAGGACGGGUUGACGAGUCACUACCUCGAGAUCCCACAAGCAGGCCAUUGGUUUGACGGCGUUUUGACAACUGAUCCCUUGACUGAGUUCUAUCGCCACUAUACUGAAGAUAUCCUUCAUGACACCCUCCCUAAUAACUUUUCUAUAGUUAUUCCUUCCUCCAUGGAUAUGGGUUCAAAAGGUGGCAUCCUUGUGGACCAAUUGUGGACCCCAGAUAUAUACGGCCGCAUAAAGGUGACCCGCGAUAAAGAGGAGCAUACCUGGCGCAUAAAGACGCGCAACAUACGCCGUUUUCAUAUUAAGACCAAGGGAGUUCGCUGUGCCCAUCCAACAAAAAUUUCGUUGGAUGGGUCAGAGCUAGUGUUCACAUCAUCAAACGAUGAUGAUAUUGCUUGGUAUGUUCAAAACGCCGCUGGCUAUUGGGCAAUAUCUCGCGACGACGGUUGGCGCGGGUUAUCGGAGCGGUAUGGGCGGCAACUAGGAGCUAUGGACGCCAUCCUUCGGACACAGGGCCACCUAACUAUUAUUUCACGCUCAAUAGUCGGUGACACGGUUGCGUUACAGAUCAGUCGCAAUUUAUUCCAAUAUUUUGCAGCUGAUUGUGAACUAAUCACUGCCGUCUCUACAUUACCGGUAUCUGGUUCCGGGUCCAAUUCCACUCUAGGGAAUACCAUUGUUGUUGCGAUUGGCGAUAAGCUGGAUCAUCCACAGCUUCCUACCUUUCCGAUAUCCGUAUCAAACAAGGGCCUCAAACUCAACAAACCUAGCAGAACGGCCGUUGAAUACGAACCUGAGCCUGGCCUGGGUGCCGUCUUUCUCAGGCCCCUCGCAGGUGAACGCUUGGAGCUUGUGAUCUGGGGUGCCGACCUAGAAGGCUUACAACAAGCGGCUCGCCUUGUUCCCACCCUUACUGGGGCCGGACAGCCUGACUUUGUAGUUCUCAGUCCCAGCUGUCGCUGGAAGGGCGGCGGCGGAGUCUAUGCAGCAGGUUUCUUUGAUUUCUCCUGGCAGAUAUCCUCAGGAUCCUACUUAUCGUAG